AUGGGAGGAGGAGGGAAGGAUAGCGAUGAUUUUAGGAAAUUUGGCCCCUACCAUAUCAUUUCUGUUGAUUGGACCGACUCGUACCAUCGAGCUGCAGUGGCAGCAAGUAUGAUAAAUGGAGUCUAUGUAAUGCAACGCGAUAAGGCAAAGAAACGGGAACCACUAGCCGACCUCUGGUGGGAAUUCUUCGGUUUCUCUAGAGUCGAACGCUUGAUCAACGAUGCUGAUGGCUCCAUAUACGGCGCCGUUUUCGAGAACAACAAUUACCACAAUACGUCAAUGGCUCCGCGUUACGUGAUUGCCUUUCGCGGCACGCUUCUACAUUUCAAAACUGGGUUUUCUGACAUGAAACAAAACCUUCGAUGCAUUUGGGCGAACCUCCGUGAGGGCGAAAGGCUUCAACAUGCCAUACAAGCAAUCAAAACUGUGCUGGACCGACCCACUUGCAAGCCAACAUCUGUCUGGCUCGCUGGACACUCUUUGGGAGCAGGUAUAGCGCUGAUGGCCGGGAAGCAAAUGGCGAGAUCAGGAGUCCUUCUCGAGACUUACGCAUUCAACCCGCCCCACACGUCUGUUCCUGUAGAGCAAGUACUUGAAAAUGAAGUGGUUAAAGGCGGGUUUCGAUUCGCCAACACUUUAUUCAGAGGCACCCUUAGCACCGUAGCCUCGCUCUUUGAUUCCCAGAUUAGAGACGACGAUCCAAUAGUAGCAGAGUGGAGACCUCAGUUAUAUGUGAACUCAGCAGAUAUAAUAUGUUCGGAAUACAUUGCUGAUUUCAAACACAAAAACCGCAUGGCUCGUUUCCUAUUAGAGGGAAUAGUGAGAGCCCGUGAUAGAAUCUCAUUUAGGAGUCUAGUUUUCGGAGAAGGAACAUUAUCAUCACUUUCAGCGGAACCUGUUCAACUCCUGUCAUCAGCCGAUAUGAUAAUAAACAAGAACGACUCGACUAGGCUUGUGCAGUUGUUGAAGCAUCCCUGGAAACCUCAUAAGCUUAAGCAAUGGUGGGAGCCAGAUCCAGCCCUUCGUGCAAAUUGGAAAAUCAGAAGUAUAACAAAAUCUUAA